UUACUGACUCUGCACCACCGGCUCGUUCUCCACGAUCCAGCAGAACCCGCCCCGGCCUUUGCAUCCCGGCCGCCUUUUUUGUACUAUACUGCAGCUUUCUCUCCUCCUCCUUCUUGCUCGUCACGACUUCUCCCCAUCCCGCCCCCAUUCGCUCGCCUCCCACCCCGCGAGCUCCCACUGGUCACGAGGGGCCUCGCUUCCACUCGUGCCUAUCCCUGCCAACGGCCGAUUUUUCUUGGUCCUGUGCUGCUGGCCACGCCCGACCUGUAGCGGUUUCUGCUGUUUUGUUCCAAGAACCUAGGCAAACUGCCCAGCAUGGCUGCUCCGUCCGAAACUGUUCCUGCCAAGGUGCCUGCCGAAGAGGCUGCCGGUGCCGAUGUAGCCACAACCGGCUCCGACGUUCAGGCUGCGCCUGAGAACGUCGACGAGGAACAGCAAGGUGAAGCUCUCUUUCCACUCACCAUCGUCCUGCCUCACGACCCCAAGAAGAUCCAUGUCAUGGUCUCGCCACAGGAGCAGGUCCACGAGCUUCGACAGUCCAUCAUCGAACUUCCGUCCGCCUUCCAGUACUCCUGCUUCCACCUCGAAUUCGCGGGCGAGCGAAUCAACGAUUUCGUACAGAUUUCCGACAUCAAGGACCUCGCGCCCGAGGCUGAAAUCAAGCUCGUCGAGGACCCUUACACCGAGAAGGAAGCGCGGAUACAUGUUAUUCGCAUGCGUGAUCUGGUCGGCGCUGCUGGGGACCGCAUAGACACCCUCCACGGGGUGAUCCCCGGUACGUCGCUAUUCGACUCGGUUACCGAGGGCACCCAGGACUUCGACAAUGCUCAGAGUGGUGCGUACGAAUUCGCCUCCCCGGCGAAGCCCUCCAUUCUCCUGCCCAAGGAGGAAGAGCCGGCACCGAAGACGGUCAAGUCCGUGGCACUGUCUGCUUGGAACCCACCGCCAUACCACUACCGGCAAAAGGGCCACCUGCUCUACUUGAUCAUCACGACGAACGAGGGCGAGCAGUACCAGAUCACUUCUCAUGUUGGAGGCUUCUAUGUCAACAAGUCUUCAAACAGCAAGUUCGACCCCGCGCCGAAGAACGCCCCGAAGGGCCAGGCCGCUCACUCCCUGCUGACUUUGCUCGGCCACAUCUCUCCGUCAUUUACUGAGUCCUUUGAAAAACUGCUGCAGUACAACAACCGAAGGGAUCCUCUUGCGACGUUCCAGAUGACCAAUGCCAUUCCCAACGCCCCUUGGCUCGUUCCACCUCCGUCUUCUAGCCUCCUCGCUCAUAACUCGGACAUCACGCGGACACAAGAAGGAUACCUGAUUGCCGGAGUUGACAACACUGACACCCUCCGUGACUGGAACGAGGAGUUUCAAUCUGCCAGGGAGCUGCCCAAGGAGACUGUUCAGGAUCGUGUCUUUAGGGAACGUUUCAUCUCGAAGCUCUUCGCCGACUACACGGAUGCUGCUGCUCGCGGCGCGGUCCUAGUCGCUCGUGGCGAGGUUACUCCUCUCAACCCGACUGAAGGCCGUGAUGCCCAGAUCUUUGUCUACAACAACGUCUUUUUCUCUUUCGGAGCCGACGGCGUUGGCACUUUCGCCUCGGAAGGUGGCGACGACGCUGCUCGGGUGGCCACUGGAAAGGACGUCAACGGUGUGCGCAUUGUGAAUCAGCUCGAUAUCGAUGGGCUGUACAGCCCCGCUACUGUGGUUGUUGACUACCUUGGCAAGCGCAUCGUUGGUCAGACGGUCGUUCCCGGAAUCUUCAAGCAGAGGGAGCCCGGUGAGAACUCCAUUGAUUACGGUGCCGUCGAAGGCAAGGACAUUGUGGCUGCGGAUGAGCGGUUCGCCCCAGUGUUCGAAAAACUGUCGCAGGCGCUGCGGGUCAAGAAGCACGCGGUGUGGGACAAGGAGGGCAAGCGUUUCGACCUCGAGGCUAGCGUUGAGACAAAGGGCCUCAUGGGAACCGAUGGCCGCAAGUAUGUUCUCGACCUAUAUCGCAUCACCCCCCUCGACAUUCUGUGGCUUGAAGAGAACGACGCUGCGGACGAGAAGAACGAAGAUGCCUAUCCCCACCGCAUGACUGUGCUUCGACCUGAGCUCGUCGAAGCUGUCAGGACACAGAAAUGGACCGCUUGGGUGAAUGCCGAGGUUGCCAGAAUCAAGGCUGCCAAGGCCGACCCCAAAGAGGAGACCAAGGAUACUACGAAGGAUGAUGCCGCCAAGGAAUCUGAUGAGGAGUCUGAGGAUGACUCUGACGAGGACUCGGAAGACGAGUCGGGCGACGAAGCCAAGUCGAGCAAGAAGAAGGAGGUCAAGGACGAAGAAGCCCAAGCCGGGGAGCGCAUCGAUACCUCCAACUUCUCCUUCGCUCUUAACCCCGAUGCUUUCAGUGGCCAGCAGCCGCAAACUGAGGAGGAGAAGAAGGAGAUGGCUGCAGAUGAGGAGGACGUGCGCAACGCGUGCAAGUAUCUCCGCGAGACUGCGAUUCCCGACUUUGUCAACGACGUCAAAUCUUCGGACUUGCCUUUUCCCACUGACGGCCAAUCGCUCACCAAGAUGUUGCACCGCCGCGGUAUCAAUCUGCGCUACUUGGGCAAGGUCAUGUCACUUUGCGAGGGUCCUCGAUUGACUCUGCUUCGCAGCCUGUGCCUGCAGGAGGUUGUAGCCCGUGCCUUCAAGCAUGCAGCAAGCAAGUAUCUUCGGUACCUCCCGGUGCCGCUCACUUCUGCGUGCAUUGCGCACUUGUUGAACUGCCUGCUUGGCUCUGGGCUUAACCGCAACCCCAUCCCGGAUAUCGACGAGUCUAUCAAGGUUCUGUAUCCUGAGGCCGACCUGGCCUUCACCAAAGUCACACCUGACAGCCUGCGAGAGGAACUUGAGCUGCAAGCCGAGCGUCGCUUCGACGUAGAAUUGGACGACGACUGGUUCUCGCAGCUGAAGCAUCUGCAGCUGCUGCGUGAGGUUGCGCUCAAGCUCGGUCUCCAGCUGCAAGCCAAGAACUUCCGUUUUACGAGCGAUAUCCCUGCUUCGGACAGCGAGAAGGCCACGCCGGCUCCUGCUCCGGUCAAUGGCACCAAUGGUGCGAAUGGCGAGAGCAAAUCAUCCAAGAAGAAGAAGAAGGCUGCUGCGAGAGAAGGCUCUCCUACCGCGGCGGCGCCAGCGGGCCCGCCUCACACCUUCGUUGCGGACGACAUUGUUAACAUUGUGCCGAUCAUCAAGGAUUCUGCUCCCAAGAGCACCAUCUCCGAAGAGGCUCUGGAAGGUGGUCGUCACUCCAUUAUGCAGGGCAACCGCAAGAUUGGCCAGGAGCUGCUGCUCGAGUCCUUGACUCUUCACGAGCAGAUCUACGGCAUCCUGCACCCUGAGGUUGCGCGCGCGUACUCGAACUUGGCACAGAUCUACUACCAGCUCGAAGAGAAGGAGGCGGCCGUUGAUCUUGCCCGCAAGGCCACAAUCGUUGCCGAACGCACGAUUGGCGUGGACUCGGCGGAGACUCUGCUCUACUACCUGAACUUGAGUCUUUUCGUCCACGGCUCUGGCGACAGCAAGUCUGCGCUCGUCUAUGUCAAGCACGCACUUGAUUUGUGGAAGAUCAUCUAUGGUGUCGAUCACCCCGACUCCAUCACGACACUCAACAACGCUGCUGUGAUGCUGCAGCACAUGCAAGCGUAUCACGAGUCUCGUAUCUGGUUCGAGGAGGCUCUUGGCGUUUGUGAGCGUGUGAUGGGCCAGUCGUCUCUAAGCUCAGCCAGCCUGCUGUUCCAGCUGGCUCAGGCCCUUGCGCUGGACGGAGAGUCCAAGUCUGCGCUUGCCAAGAUGCGCGAGUGCUACAACAUUUUCCGGGAGCAGCUUGGCCCCGAGAACAACAACACGAAGGAAGCUGAGACCUGGUUGGAGCAGCUGACACAGAAUGCUGUGGCCAUUGCGAAGAGGGACAAGGACGCCCAGGCCAAGCGCCUUCGCGCAGGCAUCCGCUUCCCAUCCCGCCAGGCUCUUGGCAGCAGCGCGUCUCAGGCGCAAACGGGUCUCGACGCCAAGACCAAGACUGGCAAGACGGGACCCGAUUCCCGCAGCAUUGACGACCUGAUCAAGUUCAUUGAGGGCAACGACUCGCAAAAUAAGAGCACCAAGAAGCGCGCUGCCCGUGGCGGCCCCAAGACCCGUCUCGGAGCGGCAUCGUCUUGAUAUCAUCUGCACGAGUCGCAUGCCCAGGCAGCCGUCUAGCUUCAGUUAAUCAUUGAGAUCGAGCACGGACAAACAGCUACUUGGAGCUUCCUGUAGGUGUUUUGGAACCACGGGCCCGGUCUGGAAUGAGAUCAUGUCUGCCUAGCACUAGGUGGUGCUUCAUGCUCCAAUCCUGGCCUGCUGGCAUUGUAUCAACAGAAUCUGAAUCACGACAUCAUGUUUAAAAUUAAAAGGGGAAGGAUCGGUCUUGAGGGGGAAAAUAGAAGACGGGCUUCCAUAGAUCGAGCGCAUUUCGGGUGGGGGGAACAAAAAGCAUCAAGGUUUAGCAAACGGGCCAGGGCACAUUGUUGUCUCUGGCAUGCUCCAAAGGACACAGGGUGUUCGAAUUGCACAUAUUUGGGAAGGGCAAAAGACAAAAAAGCAUCCUCACUCUACUUGGCACAUUGGACAUGUUGGUGUCGAACGGU